AUGCGAUUCGCGUUAUUGGGCCAGGCAGUCGACGUUAAUGCCUGGACGCUGUUCGUGGCGGGCUUAACAAUUUAUGUGUCUUCCAAAGUUGUGGUUUAUCUUCGUGCUAUUUCCAGUGUGGGACAUCUCCCCGGUUUUCGGAUCCCAUUCUACCCUCUCGGCCUCCCUGGGGCUGUCAUUCCAACUUUGUCAUGGAAUCCUGGUCUUGCUGCGACUUGGUUGUGGAGACACACUCUCUACCAACGCUUCCAAAAUGAGAAUUUCUCUAUCGUGCCGUUCCUUGCAGGUCCCCCGGCUAUUUACACCUCCAAUCUUGACGUUGCGCGUCAGGUUGCCAUUGGUGGACACAAGACGCCCUUCGUCAAACCGGAGGAGGCGAGUCAAGCAUUGUUGCUCUGGGGCAUGAAUCUCGUAGCAGCAGACGGCCAAGUAUGGCGUAAACACAGGAGAGUUAUGGGGCCAGCAUUUUCAAAUGAACUGUAUGAACUCGUCUGGGAUCAAACACGCGAAACGUACAAUGAGAUGAUCACAUCGGAAGGAUGGGCCGAUAAGGAGACUGUUGAUAUUCCUGUCGUUCAGGAUUACACUUUCAAACUCGCGCUUUUGAUCAUUGGACGAUGCGGAUUUGGAUUCUCCUUCAACUGGUCCGCACCAGCGAGAGCACCCGACGGCAGUAUGUCGAUCCAAGAGGCUCUCCGCGUCGUUGGGGAUACACACAUGAUCGCUAUUCUUCUCCCUAAAUGGGUCCAAAAGUUACCAUUCAAAAGACUGAGAGAAGCCCGACAGGCGCAUGAGCAGCUUAUGGAUUUCAUGCAAAACCAGGUUGCUGAGAGGAAGGCCGAGACCAGAGCUGGGAUAACUGAGGGAAAGAAGGACGUAUUCACGAUGCUUGUCAAGGCGAACGAGGAAGAGGCUGGAAAGUUCCAGUUGGACGACGGGGAAUUGGUGAGUUCCUUAUCGACAUAUCCGGAGUUUACUUAUGGGUCUACAAAGAUCGGGAACGUUUUUAUCAUGCUAUUUGCUGGACAUGAAACAACUGCUCAUGCUCUGGCUGCUACGCUGGGCUUUCUCGCUGUGUACGACGACAUUCAAGAGGAGGUCUUUCAACAGAUUAUCUCCGUCGUCGGAUCAGAGCGAGAUCCGGUUUUUGAUGAUUACGCGAAACUGGAUAAAGUCCUCUCUGCAUUUUAUGAGGCCCUUCGACUUUUCCCUGCUGGGUUUGUUUUGAUUCGUGAAGCAACGGAAGACACCACCAUACAAAUUCCGAAUCCUGUUGGCCAGGAAGGCACUACGCCGAUUCCAGUGGCGAAGGGUACUCAAGUUAUCGUUGAUAUGAUUGGCGUUCAAUACAACCCCAGGUACUUCGACGAGCCCGGGAAAUACAAGCCUUCACGAUGGUACGGGGUCUCGAAUGAGUCGGAGGUGUUCUCCGCGUUCAGCGUCGGCCCACGAGCAUGCAUUGGUAGGAAAUUCGCCACGACGGAAGCGGUAUGCUUCCUGACACUCCUUCUGCGCGACUGGCGUAUUGAACCGAUACUGAACGAAGGAGAGACUAAGGAGGCGUGGAUGAAGAGGGUGCUGGAUGCAAAGAUUGUUAUUACCCUUGGGGUUGCGGAUGUGCCAGUGCGGUUUGUUAGGAGACGUGGGUAG